AUGAUGCCCCCCAGCGAACUACGUGGACCUCCCCUUCCAGAUUCGGGUGCGACCCUCCACGAUGUGUUUUAUCAGAAUGUCGCCAAGUACCCCGAUGCUGUGGCUCUCGUCUCUACCCAGCAAGCCCCUACUCUUUACGGAAUCCCGAGUGUGCCCCGCGACAGCGACAAGCGUGAGGCGGACUAUCUACGAUGGACCUACCGGGACCUGGAUCGCGCUGUACAGCGACUCGUCACUGGUUUGCAGAGUCAAGGGCUGAAAAGAGGUGAUCCAUUAGUGAUUUUCAUGCCGAAUACCGCUGAAUACGUUAUUGCUACCUGGGCUGCCUACCAAAUGGACUGCGCCUACGUUCCUAUCAAUCCCAAAGGUCUAUCCAACGCCAGAGAGAUGCGGCAUAUGUUACAGACUGCGAUGAAAGGAUGCAAUUCAGAUCUGAUGGGCAUCAUUGCUGGAACACCUGACAUGUGUGCGCGGAUUGAAGAAUACACGACUGGAAUAAACAGUGCAAAAAUAUUGGUAGAAGGAGAGAUGGAUGGCUGGACACCGUUUAAGGAGUUGAUGGAGAAACCGGCGAAUGUUCAGCAGAAUCUAUGCAGAGAUCAUGUUUUAGGACUUGCCGAUCGGUCGAUCUUCUUCACGAGUGGAACGACAUCUCUCCCGAAAGGUUGUGUUAUGCCUCCUGCGUAUGGGUUCUCGGCUGCCUUGUGCUGGCGCCAAAGCAGUGUUCCUAUGCUGCCUGGGGAUCGCGUAUUAUUCACGUUGCCGAAUAAUCAUGGGUUUGGCUGGCUUUGUAUCAUGUCGGGCUUCCUGAACGGAGCCACAGUUGUGCUGCCGGGUCCAAGGUUCAUUCCAGAGGCCGUAAUUAAGGCUAUCCGGGAGGAACAAGUCAGCCACGCUGGAUUGGUGCCAACCAUGCUGCAUGCUUUGAGCAAUAUGCCACUCGUAUCUGGGAAGCUGAGCUCUCUUCGGCGGAUUGUGAUGGGAGGUUCUCCUCCAACCGAAGAGGUCAUUAAAAUUUGCCUUGACACUCUCGGUGCAUCUGGGGUAGAGAAUCUAUACGGUAUGACGGAGGGCAUUCUUGUCUCCUCUGGAGUGGUAAGCCAAGCCAGCGAUAUUGUCAAAGGCAGAGACGUUUCCAUUGGAACGCCACUUCCUGGCAUGACUGUCCGUAUAUACGCCAAGGAUAGCAAAGCGACGGUUGGGGCUGGAGAUGCUGGCGAGAUCCAUUUCGCAGGUCCAAGUCUAAUUGAUGGAUAUGUUGGAGGAGCUGAUAAUAACUUUUAUAAUGGAGAUGAUGGCCGUCGUUGGUUCCGCUCUGGUGAUAAAGCUUUCAUUGGCACCGACAACCGUCUCUACCUGAUUGGCAGGUACAAAGAUACCAUUAUCCGUGGAGGCGAGAACAUUGAACCAUCAGCUAUUGAAGCGGUUCUGGGCCAAAUUCCCGAUAUCAACGUUCUUCAGCCCCAGGUGGUACGCGCACCUGACAAUAUCGCCGGGGAAGUUCCUAUUGUCGUGGUGAAUCAGGAAGUCGAUGAGUCUACGUCAAAUAACAUCAAAGACGCCGUCUUGGCGCAGAUGGGAGCUCUCUAUGCUCCGGCAGAUGUGAUAUCGAUACAGGCUCUGGGAAGUCAAGAAUACCCCAAGACCAUGGCAGGAAAAGUUCAAAAGACUAAAUUGGAAGAGCUGGUCAGGACAUACUGGGAACAGCAAGUGUCCACAGGCUCAAACGGUCACCGUAUCGAGGGACCUAUUUCAGGCCCUCAAGUUAUGGAAUCAUUGUGCACGGCCAUCGAAAAAGAGAAGGGAAAUCCGAUAGACCUCUCUGUUCGGAUGAUUGAGCUAGGAGUCGAUUCAAUCUCGUCUAUCGCAAUACUCAAGCGCGUUCAGAUGGAAACAGGAGUAUCACUGCCAUCAUCUCUAUUCUUCACCCAGGCAACAGUUGGUGCAAUCUGCCAGCAGAUCAGUUCUGUUUCCGACACCGCAGAAUUUCUUACUUUCAUACCAAUCAUGGAGGACGCACCUACAGACACAUUCUCUGCAGUCUUGCUUCAAGGAACCCCUCGGGCAGGCGUUCCAUCCCUCUUCUGUACUCCUCCAGGCUCUGGAAAUGCUUUCGUGUUCAAGACGCUGCCCAAGUUCGCCAACGACCGUGCAGUCUAUAGCUUUGGCUCUCCAUUCCUCAUGACCAAGUCAGAAUCCACUUGGACGGUAGAGGAUACUGCCGCCAUCUACGCAAAAACCAUUCGCAGCAUUGAUCCCGAGGGGCCCUAUAUCCUAUGCGGCUGGUCAAUGGGAACAGCUACAGCAUAUGAAACGGCAUACCUGCUCCACGAACAAGGCAAGAAGGUUUUGGGAAUAAUCAUGCUUGACUUGGCAUUGGCGCGACCACCUCCCAAUAUCCCGGAGGCAUCUGUCGAGCUGUUUGAAAUGAUGGGCUUAUUCCCUCCGAUUCGUCGUGAAGGCAAGCCUGACGUGGAGAUUCCCGCGUUUCGGAAGAAGCAUCGAGUCGCAGCUUAUUACGCGAAGAAUAGAUAUGUGCCCCGUCCUUUCAAUAUGAACGAUGCAAGCCGACCGCAGAUAUUUGUUAUCUGGGCUGGGCACGGCGACCAUGAUCGCAUGAUAGGCGCGGUUCUCGAAGCCCAGGAUCUAUUGCAGAAAUAUGGACCGGGGACAGACCGGAAGAUCAACCUAGACUGGCUCCAUGUUCCGCGUGAAUCUUUUGAUGCUGGUGGCUGGGAUGAAAUGGUUGGACCAGAAAAGGUUGAGUGGGAUAUUGUUGAAGAUGCAGAUCAUGACACGCUCAUCGAGUCAGAAGAAUUGGUAAUAAUAACCCAGGGUUUGAUGGAAGCGAAAAUAGAUAAAUGGUUGCGAGGGGAGGACAAGGCGAAUGGUUCAGCUUGA